AUGGCCGCCGGAGAAGAAAAAGAAAGAACGUUGGAGGAAACGGCGACGUGGGCCGUCGCUGUGGUGUGCUUUGUGUUGCUUGCUAUCUCAAUCUUCAUCGAACACAUCAUUCAUGUAAUUGGCAAAUGGUUCAAGAAGAAUAAUAAGAUUGCUCUCUAUGAAGCGCUUGAAAAGGUCAAAGGAGAGCUUAUGUUGAUGGGAUUCAUAUCGUUUAUGUUGACGCUGCUGCAAAGCUCAAUUUCGACGAUUUGCAUAUCGAGAGAAGUGGCAGCCACGUGGCGACCUUGCGCGUCUUACAAGGACGACAAGCCCGCAAAAGAAGCCGGCGGGGAAGAUUCUAACAAUUCCAGGAAGCUUCUCGAAUAUUCUCAACGCCGCUUCCUGGCCAGCAAAGGAUAUGACAAAUGUGGAGAGAAGGAUAAAGUGGCGUUUGUGUCGGCUUAUGGGAUUCAUCAGCUGCACGUAUUCAUAUUUGUGCUGGCAGCAUUUCAUAUUCUGCAAUGCACUAUUACCUUAGCUUUGGGAAGAACCAAGAUGAGAAAAUGGAAGAAGUGGGAGAGUGAGACAAAAACACCCGAAUAUCAAUUCUAUAAUGAUCCAGAGAGGUUCAGGUUUACAAGGGACACAACAUUUGGGCGAAAGCAUUUGAACAUAUGGAGUCAAUCAUCAAUUUCCCUAUGGAUUGCAAGCUUGUUCAGGCAAUUCUUCGGAUCAGUUUCCAAGGCAGACUAUUUGACGCUGAGGCGUGGAUUUAUCAUGGCGCAUUUACCUCCGGGAAGCGAAGAAAGCUUUGAUUUCAGAAAAUACAUCCAAAGAUCACUUGACGAGGAUUUUAAGGUUGUGGUGGGAAUAAGCCCACUCAUAUGGUUCCUUGCCGUCUUAUUGUUGUUGACAAAUACUAAAGGGUGGGACGCUUAUCUGUGGCUGCCAUUCAUCCCAUUAAUUAUAAUAUUAAUGGUGGGGGCGAAGCUGCAAAUGAUAAUAUCAAAGAUGGGAUUGAGGAUCCAAGAGAGAGGGGCGGUGGUGAAGGGCGCGCCGGUGGUGGAACCUGGUGAUAAUCUCUUCUGGUUCAACCGCCCUCGCUUUCUUCUCAACUUGAUUCACUUUGUCCUCUUUCAGAAUGCAUUUCAGCUUGCAUUUUUCGCUUGGUCAGCUUUUGCGUUCAGCUUAAGGUCGUGCUUCCAUGAAACAACAGCAGACAUCGUGAUUAAACUCACAACCGGGAUCCUCAUACAAGUUCUAUGCAGCUAUGUGACCUUGCCCCUUUACGCUCUUGUUACUCAGAUGGGAUCGAGCAUGAAGCCCACAAUAUUCAACAACAAAGUAGCAACAGCGCUGAAGAACUGGCACGAAUCAGCCAAAAAGAACGUUAAAGACAGCAAACAUUCGAAGGCAAACACGUCAUUAUCGAACAGUAGUACAGCGGCAAGCCCUGCCCUUGGGCUCUCGCCAGUUCAUCUUCUGCACAAGUACCAUGGCCGAAGCGACAGCGCUCCAACUUCUCCCAUGCCCAAUGCCCGCCAAUAUGACCGUUGGGACGUUGAAGAAGGGCCAUCCUUCCCUACAACGCAGCCCCAUGGCAUCCAAAUGGUGCCUCCUCACCAAGAUCAUCCCGUCCAUUCACCUAACAAGCCUCAUCAUGUCGUCGAUGAUCUAGACUUUAGAUGAUUUUUACUUUUUGACUAUAUACUGC